GCAGGUUGCAGCACUUGUUUGCGAUUUGAUGGCUAUGAGAAAAGCACAAAGUGCUAAAGGUCAGCGCUCACGUUUGUUCAAACACAGGAAACUUGACUUUUCCUUGAACAAGCGAUAUCCAACCCAAAAACGAUACCUGGCCUUGUGACGGUACACAUCUUGGAAUCUAUCUUUGCCUAUUAACACUGUUGACACUCGACACAGCGUAUGUCCAAGGUAUUCUUUGCAUAUGGUUUGCCAUGCUAGUUGGACAUUCCAUUUUGUUUUUUGCUCUUGCUUCGAUGGGAAACAAUUAAUUAUGGGUUUAGACCGAUACCAAAAACGACACCAAACGAUACCCACUUCACAGGUCUGUAUGCCCUUGCAAACCACCUGCCCACUUACAAUCUACUACUACUGCCACUACUUCGACUUCUGCUGCUACUACUAUCACCACUACCUCCACUACCACCACCACCACCACGACUACUACUACUGCUGCUGCUGCUACUACUUCUACUACCACUACCACUUACACACACAUACUACCACUACCAAUUGCAAUUGACAGGUGGACGACACCUUCCCCGAAAACAAAUGAGCAAAGAAUUGAAAAAACGAUAACAAUCCCCAAAACGAUACCUGCCUUAAAACUUCCACUCAGGGGGCCCCUAGUUUUGCCGGUCGCUCUGACCAGCCGCAUCUCAAUCUCCGAAGCACUUGCGGAGUUUCGAUUGACUCAAGCACUCAAGGUGCUGUGUGCAGCUUUUUGUUGUCACUAUUUGAACACCUGCAUGCCAUGGGUUGUGCAGCAAGUGCCACUGCGAGUGCACAGAGAGUGAUGAACUCCCAGGAGAGCCAUGACCACAGCGCGGUUCUCCCAUCGAAAGGUCCAAGCGAAGCAACUAGGACCAGCACUCUUCCUGUGGUUCUCUCCAAUGAUUGCCCAGAUGAAAAUGAGGAUGAAGACUCCUUAGGUGCAGAGGUGGACUUUGGAAGCUGCUCAAUCGAGGAGGUCCUUCGGAAGGACGAGCUUGAUGAGGAGAAGCUUGUUACCUUCAGGUCGUUUGAAUGGCGAGACGAUCGUACUCCCCGGAAUGUUCCUUUGCCCCCUGGGCGUCUAGAGCAUGAGAUGAACAGCUGGCAUGUGCAGCAGUUCAUGUGGGGCGCAAAGCGGCAUCCAAGGAAAUUUCAGGAGAUCGUUGGAAGAAGCAAAGGAGACGACGGAGAGGAUGCUUGAACACUCGCUAUGUACGCCUGUUGGCGUUUUUCCGGUGGGUGUUGUCUCCGGUGGAACCGUUGAGACACUUCGUCCGGGACGCCGUGCCGGACUCCCGGACGGGCUGUCCAGACAAUGUGGGCAACAGGGAAGGGCCUACUUCGAUGCUUGAAACGAGAAUGGACGUACUAUAGAAACCUCUCUUUCAAGGUGGUCAUUCGUUUUUG